CCUAUCAGCUGACGGCUCAAUCACUUGAUGUGUUUCCCAAGACGCGGUUCUGUGCUGGAUUAAACUGACGUUUGGCAGGUAGAUCGUGGCACUGAAUCGGGAAGAUGGCUUGUGUGGAGCUGUGUCUUCUCUUGCUAGGAGUGCUGAGUGUCCAGGGAGCUCCAGAUUCAGAUGAGGUGAAGUUCCUCCCUGGACUGGACAAACAGCCCAGCUUCAGGCAGUACUCAGGCUACCUGAAUGUGGCCGAAAGCAAGCACCUUCACUACUGGUCAGUCUGGGGCUCGAGGUCCCGGACCAGCCCCGUGGUGCUCUGGCUGAACGGAGGACCCGGGUGUAGCUCCUUGGACGGCUUCCUCACGGAGCACGGCCCCUUCCUGAUCCAGGAUGAUGGGAGCACCCUGAAGUACAAUCCUUAUUCCUGGAACAUGAUUGCCAACAUGCUAUAUCUGGAAUCACCAGCAGGGGUCGGGUUUUCCUACUCGGAUGACAAGAAUUACACGACCAAUGACACAGAGGUCUCCAUGAAUAACUACCUGGCUCUGAAGGAGUUCUUCGGGCUCUUCCCGGAGUUCAGCAAGAACGAGUUCUUCAUCACGGGGGAGAGCUACGCGGGAAUCUACAUCCCGACGCUGGCUGAGCGGGUCAUGGAGGACAGCAGCAUCAACAUGCAGGGAAUCGCGGUAGGAAAUGGGCUGUCCAGCUACGAAAUGAACGACAACUCCUUGGUUUAUUUUGCUUACUACCAUGGACUCCUUGGAACCAGGCUCUGGACAGAUUUGCAGAACUUCUGCUGCUCUGAGGGGAAAUGCAACUUCUAUGACAACAAGGACCAGAAAUGCUGCUCAAAUCUGGAUGAAGUGCAGCACAUCGUUGAAAGCUCCGGACUGAAUAUCUAUAACCUGUACGGACCGUGCGCAGGAGGGGUGCGUGGGAAAGUGAGUUAUGACAGAGACCACCUGGUUAUACACGACCUGGGGAAUCGCUUCAUCCAGCACUCGUGGAGCCACAUGUGGAGGGAGAAAUUGAUGAAUGUGAACAGUCUGCACCAAUCGGUGAGGCUGGACCCUCCGUGCACAAACUCCACUGCCUCCACCACCUACCUGAACAACCAGUACGUGAAGCAGGCUCUCCACAUCAGCCCCAGAGCUCUGGACUGGCUCAUCUGCAGUGCGGAAGUGAACCUGUGGUACAAACGCCUCUACAUGGACGUGAGGAAGCAGUAUCUCAAGCUGCUGGGCGCGCUGAAGUACCGUGUGCUGGUGUACAAUGGGGAUGUGGACAUGGCCUGUAAUUUCCUGGGUGAUGAGUGGUUUGUGGAGUCCCUGCAACAGCAGGUGCAGGUGAAUCGUCGGACCUGGCUGUACAACAAUGGGCAGAACCAGCAGGUGGGCGGCUUCGUCAAGGAGUUCUCCAACAUCGCCUUUCUCACUGUCAAGGGAGCAGGUCACAUGGUCCCAACAGACAAGCCCAUUGCUGCCUUCACAAUGUUCAGCCGCUUCCUGAAAAAGCAGCCCUACUAACAAGGGACCUGACCCCUGCCAGCCGGGAACGAGAGGCACCCAGCCACCCGGCCGGCACACCCCUCCUUCAGGGCACCUUUCCACGGCACCUGCCUCUUCUUCAUCUGGAAUCCAUCCUCCGUCGGUGUCAUAUCACAGAAAUCUUCUUUGCUACAUUGUAAUUCACACAAGCUGACUCAGUGACCGCUUUUUCAGUUAUGGAAAUGGAAGCACGUGACAAGCAUUGCAGAAAACGUUCCCAACAACUUGCACUGUGUAGGCUUCAGGGUCCCUACUUCUACCCACUGCAUGUGAUGUUUCUGUGCUAUCUUGUAACCAGUUCUGCAGUAUUAAAGGCUGCCUUUAUAAAGAGGGACCACUUCGUGUUGGUUUGAGUCCCCUUGCUCUGCUGGUCAGCUGCUUUUUAAGGCAAACCUUUCUUGUGAUCUAUAAUCUGUGUUUCAGCUACACCAACCCAGAAAUGUUUGUAGGUCUCUCAUUUCUUUAUAUUCUUAUCGAAUCACUGUGCCCAUAAGGUGUGUCUGCUGAAGCGCUGACGUCUGUGGGAGCGCGUGGCACUGUAAACCUAGAACCAUUUGCCAUUUGAAAUCUGUUUACUUCCACUGAAUCAGCGUGUAUAGGGGUUGAAUCCCUCUUUUCAGUUCUAAUAAAGAUAACAAGCUGUGUAUUAUUUUUGAAUGAUUUGUUUUGUCUGUUGCUCGGAUUUGUUUUGCUCAGGGAUGAGAUGUCUGACCUUUUUGUUUCUGUUUAAAUUUGUUUUUGAUUAAAUAUUUUGAUCUCCCUCCAA